UUAAAGAUUUGGUCAAUGACGCGAACUUCGACUGUUGGCGACGGGGUUCUCGUUGCAAGCCACGUAGCGUUGGUGGCUCUGUUGCUGAGAUCGGAAGGUUUCGAGCACUAUCGCUGCGACAGGAACAUUUCCAUGGGAAUGAAUCUCAAUAACAUGUCCAAGAUGCUGAAAUGUGCCGGGAAUGAUGAUAUCAUAACGCUCAAGGCCCAUGAUGGAAGCGAUACCGUUACUUUCAUGAUCGAGAGCCCCACACAAGACAAGAUAUCAGAUUUCGAGAUGAAGCUGAUGGAUAUUGACAGUGAGCACCUUCGAAUUCCGGAGGCGGAAUACCAAUACAUUGUUAAGAUACUGUUAAAAACAUUUUGA